AUGUCUGAAACUCGUACCGAGCAACCCGAACCAGCGUCUGUCGAUCCUGAUGUGAAAAAAAUGACCGAACCUGGGGAUGAACCCGCGCCAAAGAGCACUGAUAUAGAGACUGACGAGGAACCGUACUCACCAGAACUAUUAACAAACCUCAUAUAUCGUUACGAGGAACCCUCAACAGCGAGUCGUUGGGAUAAACCCCUCUUUACUGUACCCCGGGAUGAUACGACCCCACCGGUGGAAGACAUAUGGUUCGCUAUAACAGGGCAACAGAUAACGAAAGACCAAAACCAAAUUGGCCUUUCGACUGGUUUAUUUGCUCAAACUGAUGCCGAGCAGGACGAGGAAAAUUCUACAGCCGGCGCACUUUCCACCCCCACUGCUGCUAAGAAAACCUCCCUUCAACGACCUACAUCAACUCGACCAAAAAUUGUCCCUCAUCAAGCCACGGCAGCACCGCCAAAAACGGAUCCAACCGCACUAUACGUGAUUGAAAAAACUACAUCUGAAAUUAUAUCAACAAUACGCAAGUAUUCCUUAGAGCACCGAUCGCCAUCUUCGUCUACGUAUUUAGCAAACCCACAGGCCCCCGGCAUCACGAUACCCAUUCCUUCUACACAGACGUCUGUCUACAUACCCCCUUCGACUCUGGCUUCUGCCCCCACAGACGAUUUAGCCGGUGCCGGCGGAGUUUUAACACUUCCACGCCUGCAAAGAUUAAGAAGGCAGUGGGUUGGGAUGAACAGGGCGUUUGCGGGACAUGGCCAUGGCAUGGGCCAAGGCAAGUUGAAUGAAGAGGAAGUCGGCGAAGCGUUUGUGAGAUUUUUAAAUGCUGAGUUUGAAGGAAUGACCGAAUUCUAG